UUAAGGCGGUCCACAGACAGCAGAGACCUACCACGUUUUGUUUAAUGCACAUCCAAAGAGGCUGAACUAGUAGCGAAGCGUGCAGUAACAUUUUACUAGUCGACUGGUGUUUUACAUUCCGUCUGCUGGACGUGCUUAAAGCCAUGGCCGAACCGAUACGUGCUUUGUGCGAUGAGCUUAUAAAGGCUGUGAAUGUGAUGAUGGAGGCAGAAUCCAGUCAGACAUACCGCCUGGAGGCCCUUAAGUUUAUUGAAGAUUUCAAAGACAAAAGUCCCUUCUGCGUUGAAUGUGGACUUCAGUUAGCGGAGAAAUCACAGACGGCAGUGGUCAGACACUUUGGGCUGCAGAUACUGGAGCACGUAGUCAAGUUUCAGUGGAAUAACAUGGCACCACAAGAAAAGCUCCGGCUGAAGAAUUGCACUAUGGGCCUGUUGUCAGAUGGUACACACCCAAUUCUGCAAGAGGAAUGUCAUGUUAAGGAUGCACUCUCACGCAUAGUAGUAGAGAUGAUCAAGAGAGAGUGGCCGCAGCACUGGCCCGACAUGCUGACGGAGAUGGAGGCUCUGGCUGCAAUGGGGGAUGCUCAGACAGAACUUGUAAUGCUUGUCCUGCUGCGGUUAGCCGAGGACGUGAUCACAUUUCAGACAUUACCCAUUCAAAGACGGCGGGAUAUCCAGCAAACCCUUACGCAGAACAUGGACAGCAUCUUCACCUUCCUGCUUGGCAUUCUGCAGCUUCAUGUGAACGAGUACAACAAGUUGAAAUGUGUUGCUGGUCUGGAAUUGAAGACAAAAGCUCACUGGCGAGUUGGUGUGGCCACUCUCAACACUCUGGCUGGCUACAUUGAUUGGGUUGCUCUGAGCCACAUCACCAAUGAAAACUGCCGUCUUUUGGAGAUCUUGUGCCUGUUGCUUAGUGAACCCGAUCUUCAGUUAGAGGCUGCCGAGUGUCUGCUAAUUGCCAUUAGUAGGAAAGUCGGCAGACGGUGCUGCUCUGUGUGAUCCAUCAUCAGGUGCCAUCGUGGAAAGAAGAUACACCUUUUUGAAGAGGCUGUGUCAGGUUCUCUGCGCCCUGGGUAGCCAAAUCUGCUCUCUAGUGGGUUCAGAUGUCGAAGUACAAGUUCCUGCUAACCUGAAUAAAUACAUGGAAGCUCUUCUUGCCUUUACUACUCAUCCCAGCCAGUUUCUGAGGUCUUCCACGCAAAUGACCUGGGGAAACUUAUUCCGACAUGAAGUUUUAUCGAAGGAUCCUAUAAUUUGCCAAAUGACCAUCAAAUAUUUAAGAUCAGCGAGGACCAAUCUUGUGAAAACUGGAUUUCCCUCCAAGAAUGAUUGUCCAGGUUGUGAAUUCUCCAGAGUGGACUUUGAUAGUGACGAAGAUUUCAACUGCUGCUUUAAUUCUUUCAGGGCUCAUCAGGGGGAAGCAGUUCGUCUGGCUUGCAAAAUUGUCCCGUUUGAGGCCUUUCAAAUUGCAAGGGAGUGGGCUCAGUAUCAGAUCAACACACCUAUAGAUACUGGGAACACAACAUCGGUUCAGUGGGAUGCCAUGACUUUCUUCAGUGAAAGUGUAUUUGGACAGCUCUUCAAAAUCCUCGAAAAAGAGAAACUUCCCAUAGAUGAGGGCAUGGAGCUGCUGCAGAUGGUUGUAAACUAUGAGACAAGAGACCCUCUCAUUCUGUCCUGUGUCCUUACCAUCAUAUCCACUCUCUUUCCCUUCGUCAAACACCAACCUCACUUCCUGCCCCAAGUACUCUCUAAGAUAUUCCCUGCCAUCACUUUUGAAUUGGUUGAAGAACGCAAGGCACCUCGAACGCGAGCUGUAAAGAACGUCAGAAGACACGCCUGUUCUUCCAUCAUUAGGAUGUGUCGAGAUUAUUCAGACCUUAUUCUGCCAUGCUUCGACAUGAUGUAUGAGCACGUGAAGAGGUUGUUCUCAAAUGAGAUGCUGCUGACACAGAUGGAGAAGUGUGCUCUUAUGGAAGCCCUGAUACUGAUCAGCAAUCAGUUUAAAGACUAUAACAAGCAGAAAGCCUUCCUGGAGGAACUCAUGGCACCUGUUACGGCCCAGUGGCUGUCAGAGGAGAUGAGGAGUGUGUUAUGGGAUCCUGCGACCUUCUUGGCAUAUGUUGGUGCUGAUCAGGUGAUCAAUGACCCUGAUACAGAGGACCAUAUGGGUAUCAACAGGUCACGGAUUAGUUUAUGUGUAUACACCAUACUUGGCAUUGUGAAGCGUGCUCGUUGGCCUGCUGAUCCUGAGGAGGCGAAAGCAGGCGGCUUUGUGAUCAGCACUUCCUCGGAUGGGACGCCCAUCUACAGAAACCCUUGUGCAGAGCCUGUGCAGGCCCUUCUACCCAACCUUUUGGCCCUCAUCAGGACCCACAACAGCUUGUUCUUGCCAGAGAACGUCAACCGGCUUAGCAAGACCUUUACUAAAGUCUAUGAUAUUAUGGAUAUGGACAAGAAUUCUGUUUUAGGAAUUCCUCAACAAGUUUUAGAUUCCUACGACACCCCAGUGUAUAGAAACAUAGAUGAGCGCAUGCAAGGCUUCUUCUCCUCACUCUACGAAAACUGUUACAGUGUGCUUGGGAAUAUUGGACCCUGCUUGCAACAAGACUUUUAUGCUAUAGAAGGCUUGGCGGAGCAGAUUGUUGGAUCCGCCUUUAUCCAUCUAGACAGUGUUCCAGACCACAGGCUCCGUCCCCUAGUCCGUCUCUUCAUGAAGCAGCUGGUCGUGUCCUGUCCUCGUGAGUAUUAUGACAGCCUCCUCUGUCCUUUGCUGGGUCCAUUAUUUGCCUAUCUACAGCAGAGACUGAGUUUUCGGUGGCAGAUCAUCAAUCAAAGGACCAGUCUGAGUGCUCAGGAGGAGGACGAGGCCUAUGAGGAGAACCAUGUGACUCAGGAAAUGGUGGAGGAGCAGCUGUUGCGGUUGGUCACGAGAGAAGUCAUUGACCUUCUAGGUGUGACUUGCAUUACGAGAAAAUGUCCAGAGUUAUCUGCAAACAAAGAGGACGCAGAUGGAGAUGAGGAGAUGGUGUCGAUGGAUUCCUCACAGGGCAUUCAAACAAAUACACCGACAGAUGAGCUCUCAGAACUGGGCAAGUGCCUUCUCCGAAGUGAGGAUAUUUAUAUGAACCUCCUGACUAUAUGUUUUAACUCCCUUUCCUGGAAGGACACUGUAAAUUGCCAACGGACUGCUGGUUUGCUCUGCUGGACUCUGCUAAAACAGGUGCUUGGUGGUAACCUGCUUCCGGAGGCUGUGACGUGGCUCUUCGCCAGUGUCCUGAAGGGUCUGCAGAUGCAUGGGCAACACGAAGGCUGCAAUGCUGCACUAACUCAGCUGGCCUUGCUCAUCUACGAGGCUCUAAGGCCUCGAUACGCUGAGCUGCGUCUCAUCAUGAACCAGAUCCCUGAUAUCCAGGUUGAUGCUCUGGAGCAGUUUGAUCAGAAGGCCAUCCAACCCGCUGUGUCAAAGGCUGCAGAGAAGAAAAAGAAAGAGCAGUUUAAACGUCUCAUUGCAGGCACUGUUGGGAAACCUUUAGGACAGCAGUUCAAGAAGGAAGUGCACAUCCGAAACCUGCCAUCUCUGUUUAAGAAGCCAAAGCCUACGACAGAUAUGCUGGAGAACACUGAUGCUGCAGGUCUGAUCGCUCUAUUCUCUCCUGACCGUGACCAUUGCUGAGGGAACCACAGCGUUAUCACACCCUCACUUCAUUCAACCUUGUGUGUGUUGUACAGUAUCCAGUCUGAAAUAAGGAAAGACAACAAGAACAUGUUUCAUUCAAUUUGGAUGUACAUUGUUGCUUUUGUAUGGAUCUGUGUAAUGGAUCUGUAUAAUUGUCAUUUAAAGAAAAUUUCAAUCUUGCUGUCGGAGCACCUCAGAAAAGAUUUUUUUUUUUUUUUUUUUGGAAAAAGAUCGAGAAGUACCACAUCUGUUCUGGGGAUCUUAUGUGCAAAACCAGCAUCCAGCACUACAUUCCAGUAGGAGACGAUGAGCUACAGUAUUUUUAAAAAAACAAAAUUACAAAAUCAACACUAAUUGGACAUGUCUGUGUACAGAUUAUGUAAAAAAGUGUUGUGAUUUAUACUCUGCAGUUUUUAAUAAAUGUAUACCUGGACAGUU